GGCGGCGCCGAGUCCAUGAAAUACCAGGUCAAGGGCGUUUCCGUUCGUGCGGAAGACUUCGGGGUGGGACUUCUGUUUCCGUCUCGGGAGGACAUUUUGAUUGCUUCUGCUCCGCCCGCACAGUCUCGGGGACGUGGUGUCAGAGUCGAGGUGACCCGAGAGGGAAGGCGCGAGAGGAGGCGCUGUCUCCCCCGAACAGAGGCAGGCCUGCGUGACCCGGCCGCUAAAGUGUGGGUCCCCGCCUCGUCGCCCUCUGAUUCAUCUCCUCCACAGGUUCUGAUGGCGGCGGCCGCGCCGCUGGGCCCGUUGCAGGUGGGUGCUUCUCCCCGAGACCCAUCUUUGAAUCCUGGAUCCUCGAAUGACGGCCGCCUUGGCUUCCUGCAGCCCCGACACCUGUGUCCAGACAACGGAGCAGCCCCGCUCGUGGGCUCUGUGACCUUUGAGGACGUGGCCGUGUACUUCUCCUGGGAGGAGUGGGGGCUCCUGGAUGAGGCCCAGAGGCUCCUGUACCGCGAGGUGAUGCUGGAGAACUUGGCACUUAUGGCCUCGCUGGGAUAUACAUCUUCCACGUCCCGUGGGAUUUCCCCGCUGGCGCCCGGCAGCAAGCCCUGGCUGUCUGACUGGGCAGACAUGACUCCAGCCGUGACCAGAGAGGCUCGGGGCGGGUGUGGCCCUGGUCGUUGGCAUGGAGUGGAGGGUAAGGAGAUACCUUUUCAGCAGAGCGUUUCUGUAACACUGUCGCAGGUCAGGACUCCUGAGGCAGACUCUUCUACCCAGAAGGCCCAGCCCUCUCAGACAUGUGGCCUGGUCUUAAAAGACAUUUUGCUCUUGGCUGAGCACCAGGGAACACACUCUGGGCAGAAACCACACAUAUUUGGGGCAUGUGGGACACAAUUCUGUUUCAGUUCAAACCUUCACCACCAGAAGCAGCGCAAUGGAGAGAAACCCUGUAGAAGGGAGGACAGGGCCUUUCUUGUGAAUAGCCGCCUUGUCCAACCAUUAGAGACGCCCUUUAUGACAGGGGACAGUUGUAAGGACUUCCCAAGUAGCUCGAGUAUCUUCCAGCACCAUUGCCCACCCAGGAAGUGGAUGCCACACAGAAACGCCAAGUGUGUGGAGGCCUUUCAGAGUGGACAAAGACAUUACGAGUGCAGCGAAUGUGGGAAGGCCUUCAGUCGCAAAGACUCACUUGUCCAGCACCAGAGAGUCCACACUGGAGAGAGGCCUUAUGAGUGCAGUGAAUGUGGGAAAGCCUUCAGCCGCAAACCCAUACUUGCUCAGCAUCAGAGAAUCCAUACUGGUGAAAUGCCUUAUGAGUGUGGCAUAUGUGGGAAAGUUUUUAAUCAUAGCUCCAACCUAAUUGUACACCAGAGAGUCCACACUGGAGCAAGGCCUUACAAGUGCAGUGAAUGUGGGAAAGCCUACAGCCACAAAUCCACACUUGUUCAGCACGAGAGUGUCCACACUGGAGAAAGACCUUACGAGUGCAGUGAAUGUGGAAAAUAUUUUGGUCACAAAUACAGACUCAUUAAACAUUGGAGUGUUCACACUGGGGCAAGGCCUUAUGAGUGCAUUGCAUGUGGGAAGUUCUUUAGCCAAAGCUCUGACCUCAUUGCACACCAGAGAGUUCACAAUGGUGAAAAGCCCUAUGUGUGCAGUGAGUGUGGGAAAGCCUUUAGCCACAAACAUGUGCUUAUCCAGCACCACAGAAUCCAUACUGGAGAAAGGCCAUAUAAGUGCAGUGAAUGUGGGAAGGCCUUCAGGCAGAGGGCUUCCCUCAUCCGGCAUUGGAAAGUUCAUGCUGGAGAAAGGCCUUAAGAUAGCAGGGAUGUGCUGUCUCCUCAUUCAACAUAAUGGCUGGCACCAGAGAAAUUCUGAGAGUAGCCUUCGUGAUGAGUGCCAGCUAUAUGGGGAGCUUUUUGGAGCAAUAUUGCAAUUUGUAACCUACCCAGGACCCUUGCCAGAAUUCUCACUACCAGUGUCUCUGAAAGAUGCCAUCCAUCUGUUCGUGUCAGGGCCGUAAGUCACCACAACAUGCUUUCAUAGGCAUGCCUCUGCCCCAUUCCUAAGAGGGACUCUUCAGUUGCCUAAGCCCACUGAAUCUGCUCAUUCUCUAGCCUCACCCUCCACAGCUGGUUUAAGCACGGACAUGACCAGUUUGGGUGGGGAGGAUGCAACGCUUGCUCCAUGGGCCGCUUGCAGGUUUCCAUUUUUCAUGGACUGUGUUGCACUUACAGAUUUCUCCAGCCACCAAGUUACCUAACUUGGGAAUUGCCUGCCUCUUAUUUUCUGGUUUUGCAACAAACAUCUUAGUUUUUAAGCUACUUUUUACCUUGGGGAUUCUACUCACUAUGGGUUGGGUUGAGAACAGAACUGCCACCACGAAGGGGUGAAUGGCUUUUGUGAGUGCUCCAAUUGUCGUGCCUGGGUGGUGGUAGAAUGACUGGCAAAGAACAGCUUUAUUCUAGUUUCAGUCUGACCUGCCUUGUUGCUCAAGGCCUCCUAGGAAAGAAUAUGGACCUUUGACCAGAAUCACCCUGAGAGCAGUGGGCAUUUGUUGUGACCCCUUCUGACAUAUCUGGUAGCAGCACCAAUGGGGUUCCUUGUUCCCAUGGAUGUUUCCUACUCCCCAGACCUCUUGAGGAGAGCUUAACCCCUCUGGGACCUGCCAACAUCCCUAAAAUCUAUUAUUUGGCAGGUGGAUAUCACUCCCCUACAAGGACCAGGUAGGAAUCAUGAGUGGUACAGUGACACUUUCUAAUAGGGAUUUGGGAGACUGUAGCAAACUGGAGUGUGAAUCUUUGAAAGGUCUGUCCACAAAUGUAUGAGGGUUUACAGAAAUGCUCAGGACUCCUCUAUGUGUGUCUAUGGCUUCAGUCACUGUCACAACAAUAAGUCUAAGCAUUUUCUGCAAUAAACACAUUUAUUGUGUACAACUUGACAAGUUUCAGUACAUGCUUGCACUAUGAAACCAAGUUUCCUGAGUGGCUGUACUCCCUCGCCUCCUCACCCAUUCCCAAGCAACCAUUCAUCUUGCUUUUUGUCACUAUAGAUUUGUUUGCAUUUCCUAGAAUUUUUUACAUAUGUAUGCAAGAUGAUUUAAUAUGUACUCAUGUGUCUGGCAUCUUUAACUGAAUUGUUUUGUGAUCAUUCUGUGUAUCACUAGUUCAUUCCUUUUCAUCAGUACAUUUGCUGAAAGUAUUCCUUUUAGAGAAACAGUUCUAAAGAAAGUGAUUGUCACUAUUACAACCUUAAUCUGAAAGUGAUGGGCCAUUAUUUCUGACUUAUUCCCAAAACAUAGACUAAUCCUGGUCCACAAGGGAAGAGACUCCACAGCAGUGUGAAUAUAGGAAGGUGGGGAUUUGUGGGAGGGUGUCUUGGACCCUAGGGGCUGCAAUCUUAGUUGUUUUUCUUUUAUACUUGUUUACUUUUUUAGUCUUUGAUGAAUUACAUUGACUAAUUUCCAAAAGGGAAACCAACCUUGCCUCUUUGAGGUAAUACCCCUUGCAUUUUAUUUGCUGUAUUUUUUCUUAUUAAAGAUUCUUGCACCUAUGGAA